AUGCUAUCUUCCAGUCUCGCCGGACUGCUAUUGCAGGUGGGCCUCCUCGCGGGGGUCCAGCCCGCCGCCGCCCAAACGUCUGGCCCGCAGCCCUUCGACCUGAGCACCAUCUCCCUAACCAACAGCCGGUGGAUGGACAACCAAAACCGCACCGUCAGCUACCUCAAAUGGGUCGACGUCAACCGGCUGCUGUACAACUUCCGGGCCAACCACCGACUGUCAACCCAGGGCGCCAGCGCCAACGGCGGCUGGGACGCGCCCAACUUCCCCUUCCGCACCCACGCGCAGGGGCACUACCUCACCGCGUGGGCCUUCUGCUACGCCUCGCUCCGGGACACCGAGUGCCGCGACCGCGCGGCCUACUUCGUGGCCGAGCUCGCCAAGUGCCAGAAGAACAACGGCGCGGCCGGGUUCAGCGCGGGCUACCUCUCCGGGUUCCCCGAGUCCGAGUUUGCCGCGCUCGAGGCGCGCACGCUCAACAACGGCAACGUGCCCUACUACGCCAUCCACAAGACCAUGGCCGGCCUGCUGGACGUGUGGCGGCACCUGGGCGACACCAACGCGCGCGACGUGCUGCUGGCGCUGGCCGGGUGGGUCGACUCCCGCACGGGCAAGCUGAGCUACCAGCAGAUGCAGUCGAUGCUGGGCACCGAGUUUGGCGGGAUGAACGACGUGCUGGCGGACCUGCACAAGCAGACCAAAGACGAGCGCUGGCUCAAGGUGGCGCAGCGGUUCGACCACGCCGCCGUCUUCGACCCGCUCGCGGCCGGGCGCGACCAGCUCAACGGCCUGCACGCCAACACGCAGGUGCCCAAGUGGAUCGGGGCGGCGCUCGAGUACAAAGCCACGGGCUCGACGCGGUACCGCGACAUCGCCAAGAACGCGUGGGAGCUGACGGUCGGCGCGCACACGUACGCCAUCGGCGGCAACAGCCAGGCGGAGCACUUCCGGCCGCCCAACGCAAUCGCGGGGUACCUGCAGAAGGACACGGCCGAGGCGUGCAACACGUACAACAUGCUGCGGCUGACGCGCGAGCUGUGGCCGCUCGACGCGGCCAGCACGGCCUACUUCGACUUCUACGAGCGCGCCCUGCUCAACCACCUGCUCGGGCAGCAGGACCCGGCCAGCCACCACGGCCACGUCACCUACUUCACUCCGCUCAACCCGGGCGGGCGGCGCGGGGUGGGGCCCGCCUGGGGCGGCGGCACGUGGAGCACCGACUACGACUCGUUCUGGUGCUGCCAGGGCACGGCGCUCGAGACCAACACCAAGCUGAUGGACUCGAUCUACUUCCACGACGAGGCCGCCUUGUUCGUCAACCUGUUCACGCCGUCGGUGCUCAAGUGGGCCGCGCAGAACGUGACGGUCACGCAGGCGACCGACUUCCCCGCGGGCGACACCACCACGCUGACCAUUGGGGGCCAGCCCGGCGAGAGCUGGGACCUGUUCGUGCGCAUCCCCUCGUGGACCACCGACCAGGCCGAGAUCAGCGUCAACGGCGAGAAGGCCAACAUCGACACCAAGCCGGGCACGUACGCGGUGAUCCAGGACCGGGCGUGGAAGGCCGGGGAUAAGGUGACGGUGCGCCUGCCCAUGACGCUGCGGACGGUGCCGGCCAACGACAAUCCCAAUGUUGCGGCGGUGGCGUACGGGCCGGUGGUGUUGUCUGGUGAUUACGGCAGUGCGUCGUUGUCGUCGAUGCCGACGCUGAGCCUGGACUCGGUGCGUCGUGAGGGGAGCGGGGGGCUGACGUUCACGGCGACGGCGGGUGGGAAGACGGUGAAACUCAAGCCGUUUUACGAUGCGCAUGGCAUCAACUACAACGUGCCGGCGGACGACUUUGACCAUCAGCAGGAGACGACGGGUGGGUUCAGGGGCCAAGAUUUGCCCAGCGUUCCAAAUGUGGGCCGUUCCAAAUGGGGGGUGCUUGACUUAUUCCGGAACGGAACCCUAAGGAGGCACGACGGUCUCAGCAAGGCGAAGAGCUCACUGCUGAUUCAAAUCCGGACGGGAGCAAUAGGCUUACGGGACUUCUUGUUUAAUUACACGGGGAGUCCCGGAGGUUCUGACUCCUGCCUGCGAGUGUGGCGAAGGACGAGAGACUGCCGAACACCUGGUAGUGUGAUGUUUAGCCCCACCGUUGACUCGAAGAUGGGAGAGAACUGGGAUUCGGACACGACGGGACUUUUACUCUGUUCUACACGGCAUCAAUCCCACGACUGCACGGCUCGCGAGGAGGAUCCUCGACUGGCUGAUGGACUCGGGGAAGCUGCCGAUGUACAGCUUAGCCAGGAGGCUCGAGCUGGAAGCGGCGGCCUGAAACGCCCCCGUCCGGAGGCCAGGAGGCCUCCUCUCUUUGUAUACGCAGACUCACCAGAACGCAUCGUUCCUUGA